UUCUGAAACACUGCAGGGCUCAAAGCCAGGCCUGCGCCCCGCCGGGUGCAGGAACCUCACGUUUCCUGAGCGUCUUCCCGAGGUGAGCAUCGUGUUCAUCUUYGUGAACGAGGCGCUCUCGGUGCUGCUGCGCUCCAUCCGCUCGGCCAUGGAGCGCACUCCCGCUCACCUCCUCAAGGAGAUCAUCCUGGUUGAUGACAACAGUAACAACGAGGAGCUGAAGGAGAAGCUGCAGCAGUAUGUUGAYGAGGUGAAUGCCCACAAGGCUGGGUUCAUCAAGGUGGUGAGGCACAGCAAGCAGGAGGGGCUGAUCCGCUCUCGGGUCAGCGGCUGGAGAGCGGCCACCGCGCCCGUCGUCGCCCUCUUCGAUGCCCACGUGGAAUUCAACGUGGGAUGGGCUGAACCAGUGCUCACCAGGAUAAAAGAAAACAGAAAAAGAGUAAUUUCUCCGUCAUUUGAUAACAUUAAGUAUGACAAUUUUGAAAUAGAGGAGUACCCCCUCUCAGCCCAGGGGUUUGACUGGGAGCUGUGGUGCCGGUAUCUGAACCCUCCCAAGUCCUGGUGGAAGCUGGAGAACACMACUGCUCCAAUAAGAAGCCCUGCACUGAUUGGAUGCUUCAUAGUGGAUCGAGAAUACUUCCAAGAGAUUGGAUUACUGGAUGAAGGCAUGGAAAUAUAUGGAGGAGAGAACGUGGAGCUCGGAAUCAGGGUGUGGCAGUGUGGAGGAAGCGUUGAGGUGCUGCCUUGCUCCAGGAUUGCCCAUAUCGAGAGAGCGCACAAGCCGUACACGGAGGAUCUGACGGCGCACGUGCGGAGGAACGCCCUGCGGGUGGCCGAGGUCUGGAUGGACGAGUUCAAGAGCCACGUCUAYAUGGCCUGGAACAUACCCCAGGAGGACUCUGGAAUUGAUAUUGGUGAUAUUUCAGAGAGGAAGGCCUUAAGGAAAAAGCUCCAGUGCAAGACAUUUAGGUGGUAUCUCGUCAGUGUGUAUCCAGAAAUGAGAAUGUAUUCGGAUACUGUCGCCUACGGGGUGCUGCAGAAUUCCCUGAAAAGCGAUUUGUGCCUUGAUCAAGGGCCAGACACAGAGAACAUCCCAAUCAUGUACAUCUGCCAUGGACUGACACCUCAGAAUGUUUAUUACACGAGCAGUCAGCAGCUCCACGUGGGUGUUCUGAGCCCCACUAUCGACGAUGAUGACAACAGAUGCCUGGUGGAUGUGAACAGCAGGCCCAGGCUCAUUGAAUGCAAUUAUGCCAAAGCCAAGAGAAUGAAGCUUUACUGGCAAUUUACUCAGGGAGGUCCUAUCCAGAACCGAAAAUCCAAGCGCUGCCUGGAAUUGCAGGAAAACAAUGAAAACGAAUUUGGAUUUCAGCUGGUGCUACAGAGGUGCACUGGACAGCGCUGGUCCAUCACAAAUGUCCUGAGCAGCUUGUCAUCAUAGCAGACUCAAUUUUGUUCCCAUUUCUUCUGCUACUGUGUAGCAAGUCCUGCAUUGUUGCCUGCUGUACUGUAUUCGUCUCGCUCCCCAUCCCCCCAGUUCCUUCUCUCCUCUUUUUUG